AUGUUUGCGAAGUUUGGCAUGGAGCAAGCGAAGCCAUCAUCGAUCCCAAUGGACCCGGGGUACGUCACAGCAGAGCAAAAGGAGGAGAAGAUGUUGGCCACCGCCGAGAAGUACCAGAGUUUGGUGGGAGCUUUGCUCUUCGUCGCCGUAUGUACACGGCCUGAUCUGGAAAUUACGGCAUCCAUCCUUGGCCGUAAAGUCAGCAAACCUACCGAUAGCGACUGGACGGAAGCGAAACGAGCAUUGCGGUAUUUGAAGGGCACCGCCGGACUGAAGUUGAAACUAGGCGGAAGUGUUAGUCGGGAAGGCUACGCUGAUGCUGAUCGGGCAGGCGAUCUCGAGGACAGGAAGUCCAAUUCCGGAUUUCUGUUCAAGCUUGGCGAAGGAACAAUUAGUUGUACAGCACGGAAGAAGGAAUGUGUAACCUUGUCUUCGACCGAAGCGAAAUAUGUUGCACUCGCUGAAGCAAGCAAGGAGCUACUUUGGCUUAUGAAGCUGAUUUCGAAAAUGCUGUAG